AUGGGCUUGGGCAAAGCAGGGAUGAAGCUGGUCUUAGCCCUUUUGGCUUAUGGAUUGGGGUCUUUAGUAUGUGUGACACAGGACUAUUGGGAUGAUCCUUCCCAUCUGCAGUGUGGAUCUCACACUAUGGAGAUUUCUCUACCUUCUUUGUUGGAGGAUGCAGCUUUUGCCUUGAGUAUCAUUGACAAGAAUGGAAAGCCUCACUAUCUUCACAAUGACUCCACUUGCGGGACUUGGAUUGGACAGAAACCUGAUGGCUCACUGGUGGUUGGCUCUACUUUCAAUGGCUGUUAUGUUCGUGAGGAGAAUGGAAGCUAUGUGGUAACGAUCACUCUGGAAGAAAUUCUUCGUGAUGAGAAGUCCCAGUAUCACAAGAAAGAUCUUGCAUGCCCGAUUCUUCCAGCUAUGGAUGCUCCUAGUCCAAGUGACUGUGCUUCAGUUCUGCAAGCUGACCGCCUGCCGUGUGCUAAUGACUCUGUAUCUCAAGAACUUUGUGAAGGACUUGGAUGCUGCUUUUCUCAAAACGCACUUGCACUGCGCUGCUACUAUGGAAAGAAAUUGACUACCUACUGCUCUGCUGAAAAUAACAUGGUGGUUGCGAUUUCAAAAGACAUAACCAUACCAUCCUUGAUCCUGGACUCUGUAAAAGUACUUGGUGUGGAUUCAAACUCGUGCCCAAGCCUGAUGGUGGCAACAACUGCAUCAUUUAUUGGGUUCCAGUUCCCAUUGUCCUGUGGGAGUGCAAACGAGGCGGUUGAUGCAUCCAUGGUGUAUGAGUACACUUUUGUGGCAACCAACAGAGUAAUCACCUGGCAGUCGGCAUCGGUCACUAGAGACAGUACUAUGAGAGUGACUGUAAGCUGUAGCUUUUCACGGACUGGCAUUGUCCCACUGCAGGUAGAGGUCUUCACCCUUCCACCUCCUCUCCCUGUAUCUACCAUGGGACCUCUAACCUUGGAGAUGAGAAUAGCUCGAGAUGUGCAGUAUAGCUCAUACUAUGCAGAUGAAGAUUAUCCUAUUUUAAGAGUGUUAAGAGAUCCUGUGCAUGUUGAAGUUCACAUCCUGCAGAGGACUGAUCCAAGCCUAGUUCUGAUUUUGAACAACUGCUGGGCCACCAGUUCUCCUGAGCCUACUAGCUUUCCCCAAUGGCCUAUCUUGUCCAGCAGCUGCCCUUUUGCUGGAGACAACUAUCUUACAGAGCUGGUUCCUGUUACUUCCUCACAAGGAAUAACUUUUCCAACAUACUACAGUCGUUUCAUUGUAAGCACCUUCACCUUUGUGGAUUCGAACACCCAAACUGCUCUUGGAGGAUCGGUAUUCUUUCACUGCAGUGCUUCAGUAUGUGUCCCAUCUGCCUCGGAGACAUGCUCUGUGACCUGUCAAAGGAAAAAGAGAAUGGUGGAAUUGCAGCAGACAGACAACACUCUUACAGUGACUUCUCAUGGUCCUGUGAUAUUUUAUUCUGAAGAGAUCAAAACAAAUAACCUAGUCGACAAGGACGAAGGUUUUGGCUCUGGACUUGCCCUUGCUUGGUUUCCAGGCAUAGUGGCUACCGUCUUCAUCUUGGUGGUGUCUCUUCUGGGUAUCUACUUGUAUAGGAAACAAAAGAAAUGUGCACUGUCCACAGUAAAUGCUCUAAUAAAGUAG